GUCUCACCACUAUUUGUCACAAUGAAUAUAUUCUCUUAAGCCUUUAAAAGAAUGGUUACAUGGUAUUGUUCCGUGUAGGUCAAGCAUGUAUUAUUAAAUGAGUUUACUAAUGGAUGACAUGCAAUUGUGCAGUAUGUGAAAAUAAAUUAUUAAUUGAAAUCAAUUUAGUGUUUGAACGGAUACUUUGUUGAUUAAAAGAUAUAAAACGGACAUAGAUUGCAUUAGAUCUCAAUUUCUUGUUAGAUUUUUACAAAACGUUCUCUGUGUGUGUUUUAGGUUAUUUUUGCCGGCGAAUUCUAUGGCUAAGCAUUAAAGUAAGAUGCCGACUGUUUCAAGGAAAAUGUGAAUAUUUAUCGGUAGAGAUAUAAACACCAUAUAAGGAUACCGUACAUUUAAAAUGACAAGUACCUUUCAAAGAUUUUGUUUGGUUUCUGUGAUAUUUUCCCAAGUUGUUCUACAUGGAUAUUGCUUUCAAAGUAAAGAUAAAGGACGUAAGUCACGUGACAGAAUCGUGGAGGUGUUUACAAAUGCAACUGACCGUCUGCUAGACUGCAGAUACCCGGACUAUUUUCAGAUGCGCAUUCAUUUGCCCGGUCAGCAUGAUAUUGUUUUGAAUUUGCGGAAGCAUCCAUCAGUUUCUAACAGAUUUCCACCCACGUAUCUGCUUAGCAGACUUCCGAGACAGGAUUCCAGUGUGGAAAACGACCAACAAGAUUUUGUUAGAUACACAAGUGUCAUGCCAGAUAGUCAUAUACUAGCAGAGUGUCAGCAUGUAAAGAAAUCCAAACUCUUAUAUAUCUCUGGUGUAAUUUUAUACGAAGGAAAAGAAUAUGUGGUACAAUCAUUAAAGCCGAGACAGACAACAGGACUGGGUUUGAUUUUCGCACGUUUGCACGAGCUUAUAGAUACUCCAAGAACCCAUGACUACAUCAUAUCAGAGAAAUCCAGAUUGUUGUCUGUCCAGGAGACAGGCCAUUCAUCACGUGACCGACGUGAAGUAAUGCGCGUGGCUGAUGUACUCACGUUUACGAUAGAUGUUUUAGUUGUUGUUGAUUACAACGUUUAUAUAAAGUGGCUGUCGAACGUGGCGGUUGGAACUAUGGAAGAGAGAUCUUUACAAGCCAAGAAAGAAAUCCAAAAAUACUACCUUCAUGUGAUAAACGGGGUUGAUCUGAGAUAUCACAGCAUUGGAUUUGAUGAUUUUCAGAUCCGUGUUAAUUUAUCAGGAAUCGUUAUUAUUGACAAUCUUACCUCAUUGGAUGAAUCAGCUUUCGAGGCCACGCCCCCAAAUAGUUCUUGGGACAAAGAAACAAACGAAAUGGAUGCUGACACCGCUUUGAAGUUAUUUCGGUCGUGGGUAAAUGAUACGACACGGCUUCCCAAACACAAUCAUGCAGUUCUUUUUACAGGUUAUGAUUUAUACACAUCUAGAUCUAAUGGAAGUAACCAGAAACAGACGCAUACUUCCGGGUUAGCAUUCAUCGGUACACUGUGUGAGCCAGGCGAUAGUGUUUCUAUUGUUGAAGAACAAGGAGGGUUUCAAAGUAUUGGAACAGCCGCACAUGAAAUUGGACAUAGUCUAGGAGCUCUUCAUGACGGAGAGAAUAAUACCUGUCGCUCUGAAGACCGUUACAUAAUGGCCGCAUCGGGCUUCGGACCCGUCCCGGACAACAAAAAAUACAAUCCAUGGGUAUUCUCUCCGUGCUCAAUAGAAUACUUCAAGGAGUUUAUAACUACGCUAUUAUUGGAUGGUUCCACAUGUUUGACAGAUAGAAGCUCAAACAAUACUGAAGUAACCGAGGCGAAAACCAGCGACCUUGACCUUCCAGGUCAGCAUUAUUCACCAGACGAGCAGUGCCGACUAAUUUGGGGACAAACGUCAUACCUUUGUCGGGGACCGGAGUUUGGCAACGCCAGUACAAUUUGUACUGCAAUGUAUUGUCGAGACCCUUCUACCGAGAGUGACUGCGUUCUACAUACAGCCGCACGAGGAACCACGUGCGGAAAUAAACAGUGGUGUAUGGGCGGUCAUUGUGUACAUUCGACUAAAGCUCCGGCGAGACAAGAGCCUUGUGUACUCGGGGACCAGCCAGGACCAGCAUUCAAUUCUAUGACAUGUGAGGAGCUUAUUGCCAAAUCGCCGUCUUAUUGUUACCAGGAGAAAGUUCGGGCAAGAUGUUGCAAUACUUGUUGGUCAAAAUAUACAUACAGAAAAGGAUGUGAGUACGGGGAUAGAAUACAAGGAUGCCGCUUGUGGCACUGCUCGCAUUUCUUUGAGUCACGUGAUAUACAAACAGAGUGUUGCGGAACCUGUGAAAUAGGUGAACUUAUAGAACCUUCCGACUUCCAGCGAUUCUUACCAACAGAAAAACAACUUUCUACCGUAUCACCGGCAAAAUGGACAUCCGACACGUGCACAGAUACAAGUGCAUUCUCAUGCUCAGACUACAUUCGUUCACGCGGACCGUUUGUCUGCUACAGCAACGUGACUGCAGAAAACUGUUGUAAAAGUUGUAGAGAAAUAAAACGAAAGGAUGAAGGUUGUGAGUAUGGUGACAGAGUUCCUUCCCUUUGCGCCAACAUGAAGAACGUGACGGAGUUAGAUUGUGCGGUGUACGGCAAGCUGUGCUGUAGUUCGUGUGUCUCAUUCACCUUCCUGGAUCCGACUUCAAGUUCAAGUCACUUCAUUCCCUCUAUAGGGAUGAUCAUUUAUAAAUUGAUUUUUAUGUUAAUUGUAAUGAGAUGGUAUCGAUUAUGACACAUGUUUGCUUUAUACAUUUGUACAUGUAUAUAUAUAACUGAUAUCUUUAAUGAUAAUCUUGUCUUUGCUAUGUUUUCAGUUUAAAUGUCCGUUUUGUCAACCUUUAGCCUGCUGGCGAAAAAUAAUUUUUCUUUGCGACCAGUGCAUGUCAAGAUGAGCCUUGGCAGUAACUGUUGUGCAGGCUCAUAUUCGUCUGCAGUAAGUAAAUUUUCAGUAAACACCCCUUCGAAUAAUAAGUAGUACUUCACAAAUUGAAUAAUGGACUAGUCCAUUUUAGAAAUUU